AUGGGUAAUGAUGGUGGUACAACUAUUAAGCGUUCAGAUCUUGUGAAAACAAUAUCAACCAAGACGUCUGAAGCGUCUUAUUUGUUAGCACAACACACCGCGAUUUCAAGACUACAGCAUUGUAGUCUUACUGGAGCAGUAUUGAGUAGACCUAUAGUAUCUGACUAUCAUGGGAGGAUGUUCAACAAGCAGGCGGUCGUGGAAAAAUUAUUAGCCAAUGCUACAGGGGCCGACGACAACAUCUUUGAGUUCAGCUCACUCGGUGAUUUUGUCGAGCUACGAUUGACUCUGGUAUCAGAAACAGUCUCUCAAAACCCAGCUACAUCCAACAAUCACCGUGGCACCAAUAAUGACGAAUCUAAUGGGAAAUACAUAUGCCCGUUAACUGGCGACAUUUUAGGUAGUGAUUCUGCUAGAAGGAGAAACAUAAACUUCCUUUACUUUGCAGAGUGCGGAUGCGUAUUGAGUGAUGAAGUAAUUAGACUAGGAUUAGUAAAGCUUGAGAAGCAAAAAGAUGAUGUAUUCAAUUACGAAAUCUUUGAUGGCGAAGAUGAUAAUGAGAAACUAGAGAAAUUAAGAAAAGAAGCCAGAAAUAUUAUAGAUAAGCAAUCGAGUAAAGAAGGAGAGUUAGCAAAAGAUGAAGUCGGUGGUGCAGAUGCAGAGAAUGGAAAAGAAAACGAUGCUAACGAAGUCAAUAAAUGCCCAAACUGCAACACCAAAAUCUCUUUGUUCAAUUUGAUUUAUAUUUGCCCGCCUGAGAAUAGUGCUGAAUCAGAAAAACAAACGAGGCGGAACAGCUGGUUGAAGAGACUUGGAGUUUCACACAGUUUGAAAUUAGUGAAGAAAAAGAAAAAGAAAAAGAUUCAGGAUAAGAAGCGUAUAAGAGAUGGUGGUAAAGACAUAAACAAAGGAGCAAAGAAAGUGAAAAAAUCUUCAAAUGCUUGA